AUGCAAUAUUCGCCUCAGAGUUUGCGUACAUGUGCCUUUUUUCGCCUUUCAAGUAUCGAAAAUCCAGCUCGCCUAAAAAUCGCUGCAUUGUACGCUCAGCAAGUAGAAUCCCCGUCACUUCGUGGAGAUGCAGGAGACGAAGGGCCAGACGUCGUCGGUGCUACGAAAACAGCAGAAACCGGCACGACUGAGGGCGAGACCAAGAACCGCGACACGGCCGAGCCGAAGUCGCCAGGUGUUGGAGAGGAGGCGACACGUGCAACGCCAGAUGACGAGUUGGCGCAACCGAAACAGCGGUCAAUGAGCGGAACACGAGGACGAGCAACACCUGUAAAAGCGGUGGAGCCACAGAGCUGGCAAUACAGUCAGAAUACCCGCGUAGCAGUGGAUCCAGCGACGACAAACCGACCCUUCACUCGAGCGGAGAGACGGCGACUAGAGACGCAUUCGGCGACACGCAGUUUGGAUCAGCGUGCUGAAACGGCCCUUGAAGAAGCGACGCAGUCGUCCAAGACUGUGCGGAGAGAACCAACUACUGAACAACUGGCAAGUGACGAGAAGAUGCUGACGACACGGACAGAGAACUCGGAAGCAAAGGAGACACCAGGAACUCUCGACGGCAGUGAAGCUAAAGGAGACCGCUAUGUGAGAAGACCUACGGCACCUCGAAGCAGAGAAAUGCGCCAAGAGACAACAGUGCAGUACCGCAACAACCGGAGAGUCGACGACGAGCAGAUGGAGCACAGCGUGAUGAAGCAAUUCGCGGUGAAAAUGAACGUGACGAGCAUGUACGAGCUAACGGUGGACGAUUCGGCAAUGGACAGCGCCUUACAAUGUCGAGCGUACAACACAGAGAACGUGAAGUGGUAA